AUGUCCGAAGUUGCACCGCUUUCGGAAAUGUGCCGUUGUGCAAUAGCCACACGACUUUUUGCGAAUAAUAUUCGUUGGAGAAAAAUCACAGAUGUUGCAUUUCAAUUGCGCGAUGUUCUAGAAACCCUUCGAACAUCAAAUUUGAUUCGAAAAAUAAUUCGAGAAUCGUUAACGGACGUUCUUGGAGAAGUUCGAAGAUGGGAUGCGAAACAUUCGGAAAUGUUCGUCGAGAGUUGCCAGAAACGGGCGAUGCCCAAGUCCGCUCAUCUGCGGACAUUUUAUGCCCAUCUUGUGUGGAAGCGGUACACUUGUGAGAUUGAUGAUGUCGCGACAUGUUCGCAUCUCAUCGAAUCCCAACUUCGAGAUUGGCCACUCAUGCAAUUUCAAUUUGCUUGUCUUUAUGCGAUCACCGAUGUGAUCUAUGAUGACUGGAAAUUCGACAAAUAUCGAAGAGCGACGUUCAAAAAACAGUUAUCCGAUCAUCCAGUAUACGAUUUCUGGUUGACUUUAAUCGAUUCGAAGCAAGAUUUGUUUUUCGAGACAGAACGACGUCUUCCGAAUCAAAAAUUGAUGCAGUGCUUCAUUUUUGCUAUUCGAAAUGGCUAUCGACAACUUGUCGAAUUUAUUUGGUCUCGAGUUUCAAACCGAACUCGUGAAGCUAUUGGCCUUCUCGAAUGGCGAACUAUGUGUUUGAGAGCUCGAGAUGCCACAACUAUGCGAUUUUUGUGCGAAAAUUUAUGCAAAAUGAAUCCGAUUGGAACUUGUCGCAUCGCAUGGUCAGCCUUCUUCGAUGCAUUCUAUCGAAUGAUUCAUGAUGAAAAAAGUGAUGUGGUUGUUGAGGAUCAGUUCCGCAGAAAAUUCGAAUUCUUGCUUAAAAAUAGUUGUCCGAUAUUACGAAGCAGACUUUUGAAGAAGGAAAACUACCGAUUGAUUUGUGACGCAUUUCGCUACAAUUUGGAUGAGAUAUUUAAUAUGUUGGUAUUCUAUAUGGAUCCGAAUGAUGUUCCAAAAGCAAGGGAAUAUGUCGAUCGGAUAUUAGAUCGAAACAAGACCGAUUCUGGAGAGCGUCUUCGGCGGACGAUGCUUCGUCGUCAGCUCACAAUUGAAUAA